CAAUUGCGUUGUAUUAAUAAUUGUAUUAAACUUGAUUUAAUACCCUACGUGGAGCCAGCACAGUGUAAAAUCGACGUUUCCUGUUUGAACAUCCAAGCCAAUAGAGGGAGCAUGCUUUUCAAUCAGUGUCUUUGAAGAGACCAACAAAUACUUCUUUCAUGGAACUCUUCUAACGUGGGAUGAGUGGUGGUGUAAUGGUGGCGGAAAACUCAAGUGCACGUUAACAACAAAACAGACGACACGCAGUUAGAAGAACUUUUCCCACCUGCAAUCAGAAACCCAAAAGUUAAAUCAUAAUGGACCCAUCAGACGCUGGUCAGGCUCCCGUGGAGGGACCACAAGGCAGUGGCAACGGAUCACACGCACUGCGAGAUGCCGCUGUGGUUGACCCGAGCUCUGAGCAGUCACCCCUGGGCAAACGGAAGCGAACGGAAGAUGACGAGGAGACGUCGCCUACUAAGAAACUGAUCACAGAGGAGGGUCCCCACAGUACGAAGGUGGCCACUCACUACAACCAGCUGCAGGAGUGUGGCCUGGCCGAGCGCAACAGGAGCCGCAUCGUUCACAUGCGCAACUUCAACAACUGGCUGAAGAGCGUGCUCAUUGGUGAGAUUCUGGACAAAGUGCGUGAGCGCCAGAGGGAGGUGUGUGUUCUGGACCUGGGCUGUGGGAAAGGAGGAGACCUGCUCAAGUGGCGGAAGGGCCACAUCAGCAGCAUCGUCUGUGCAGACAUAGCAGGUGUGUCGGUGGAGCAGUGUCAGCAGCGCUAUGCAGACAUGAGGAGGAAAUGUCACCCCAACGAGAGGCUCUUCUCUGCAGAGUUCAUCACAGCAGACUGCACAAAGGAGCUGCUCACUGACAAGCUGUCCGACCCGGCCGUGCAGUUUGACGUCUGCAGCUGCCAGUUUGUGUACCACUACUCGUUCGAGUCGCAGCAGCAGGCCGACACCAUGCUGCGCAACGCCUGCGAGAGGCUGCGGCCCGGAGGAUACUUUAUCGGCACCACGCCCGACGCCUACGAGAUGGUAAAGCGUUUAGAAGCCUCGGAGGGCAACUCGUUUGGGAACGAGGUGUACCGGGUGACGUUCCAGAAGAAAGGCGAGUACCCGCUCUUCGGCUGUCAGUACGACUUCAACCUGGAGGGGGUGGUCAACGUGCCCGAGUUCCUUGUCUAUUUCCCGCUCUUUGAAGAGAUGGCGAAGAAAUACAACAUGCGACUGGUGUACCGGAAGACCUUCCAUGAGUUCUUCCAGGAGAAGAUUCAGAACGAGCAGAACAAGACGCUCAUGCAGAGGAUGCAGGCCUUGGAGCAUUACCCAGCGGAUGGUGGGAACAGCCUGGCGUCUGAUAAGCCAGAGGAGUAUGAGCAUGCCCAGAGAAGAGUAGAGGACAAGGCCAGAGUGCCACUGGGGACGUUAAGCAAAUCAGAAUGGGAGGCCACAAGCAUAUACCUGGUGUUUGUGUUUGAGAAGAUGUCAUGAAGACGCAAGUGGGGUGAAGUCGAUGCAACAGGACUGUACUGAUAUUUUUUUUCUCUUCUUUUUUUCGAUUUUAAUAGCAACCAACUGUUGACCUGUAUUUUCUUAGUUUGUAUUUGGCAUGUACAAAGCUUGUCUUCACAGUCUGUCUGGAAAUGAUGGGGUCAAAGAAAAAAUUUGUACGUAAGCCUUUUGUCUUUAUUUUUUGUUGCUUUGAAUAAUGUUUCGAAUCAAGACAUACCUCAAACUCUUAUCUGUUCGAUUAAAUGUAUGUGUGCACAUACAUUUUACAGUUGUGUAGGCACACAAACAGAGACGCACACAGACAGGGGCUGAUUCGGGUACUGUAUGUUAGUCACAUCUUUUCCACCGUCAUCAAUACUGUGUGAGUCAUGUUCCGUCGAUGCUCAGUGAUGUGGUGGAAAGCGUUUAAAAAGCAGCCGCUGUAGACCCAUGAAAUGUCUGCGCAGCAUUGUAAUCAACAGCGCUGCGAUAACGCCAACGAGACACUGUAGCCUUGCAAAGAACACGACUCCACACACACACACACACACACACACACACACACACACACACACACACACACACACACACACACACACGGCUGGGGAUGAGCCAUAGAAGCCGUGGCCUUGGUCCUCUGGCCCCUUGCCUCACACAGUCUCAUGACCAUAAGACAAGUCUCUCACACACACACACACACACACACACACACACACACACACACACACACACACACACACACACACACACACACACACACACACACACACGUCUAUAUGCAUAAACAUACACGCAUUCAUGUACGUCACUGCGUCCCCUGAAGUAGUGCUGCUGUAGUAGUGCUGCACUUCAGAGACUCACAUCUGUUGGAUCAUCUGAAGGAAAUGAGGACUCCAGGCUCUUCUAUUAGAUGAUUUACUGUACCUGGUUACAGUGGUGUAGUCUACUUUUUUAUGGUGGGUAUACUCUAUAUUUGAGCAUUUUUUGAAGUGGGUACACUGUAUCUAUUUGUGCUAUUCAAAACAAUGGAUCAAUCAAUUUUAAGUGGGUAUACUGAAAUCCAUGAAAUUUCAAAGUGGGUAUACUCCGUAUACCUGCGUUCUACGUAGACUACACCACUGCCUCGUUAGUAACUCCACCCGGUUUACUCCUGAGCCAGCUUCUUAGUAUACCCCUCAUAGCCUGCAGACUCUUAAUGAACGCUUACCAUUCCAUUAUCCUAACUUCUGUGCUUGUGGCCUUGAUGUCUCGCCUCCGAAGGAAAAAGGGAUAACGUUUCCCCGCUGUCAGCCUAGCCACAACAAUUUUUGGGGGUUCAACAUUUCCCAGUUCAACAUCCCAAUUGCAGAUCAGAAGAUGACAUUUAAAUUGUGAUUUUAUGAGCGUUAAAUUUCUGUCAUGAAUGACGUCGUCUGGUCUUACGACGUCAGCAUCACGAGGCCACAAACACAAAAGGAGGGCGGGAGGGAGUUAGGAUAUUGGAAAAAAAACCCAGGGUGCGUUUCUGGACCCCGUUUCUCGACAAUGUCGUAGCUAACUAGUUAGCAACUUAGUGAGUUGCCAAUGGGAAAUUGCAUUGCAACCAAGUGAGUUGCUAACUGCUACUGUCAAGAAACGGGGCCCCUGAUGUCCUCCACCUGUUUUUUUUUCCAACUAAAGUGUUGUUGUGUGGAGCAUGUGAGAUGGCUGGCUGACGCAGUAUUGUGUAGUAUAUGCCUUGUCACAAGGCUGUCAACAUUAAAUGUCUCCUAACCUUUA